GUCACUGCAGUAUUACCAUAUAUGGUCAUACUAUGCGGGCACGAAAAACUUCCGCUAGGUUAGCGCGUUCGUCUGCGUGUUACAACAAUCGAUUAUUUAUUUCGAGGGAAGUGUAUGCGAAUUAUUAGUGUCUAAUACCCCUGUCACACCUACAGGUUGUACCCUAUACCCGGCGACCGCGUUCCGCUCCCGGACUUUGAAUUUUGUUUUACCAAUUAAAGCGCAGUGACGUCGCCGAAAAUUGUUAAAUCCAUGACACCAGAUCCUCCUGCGACCUUCAGGAUCAGUCUACAUUCAGCCGCUGUAUGCACCAUGCCAAAAAGAAGAAGCAGGGGUCGAGGAAGGCCAUCUCCAUCGUCUCCACGCUCGUCCAGUCCUGUUCCAUCUGAGCCUGCUCCUGAGCCUGUUCCUGAGCCUGCUGACAACUGCCAUGAAGAAGAUCCACCAGAGGAGAGUAGUAGCGCAGCUGAGUCAGCCUCUAGAGAUGCCAGCCAUCUUCCCAAAGCCAAGAAGGCCAAGAAGAUGACGGAUCUCACUCUGGCAGAGGAGGAAGCCAUGGCUGAGUGGAUACAGGAGAAUGAAUGCCUGUACAACAAGAAGAUGAGCAGCUAUAAGGACAAGCAAAGGAAGGAUAAGAUGUGGGAUGACAAGGCGGCAGAGAUGGGGAAGACCAACGAAAUCUUGCCGAUUUGGUACAGGUCUCUCAGGACGAGGUACGGCCGCCUUCUGAAGAAGAAGUCAGGUCAAGGAGCGACGGAGCUGACUGAGCGCGACCAGUGGGUGUUGACGCGGUUUUCUUUCCUGAAGACACAUAUCUAUGAAGUACAGCGUCGCACAGUGGUCAGUAUUAAGGCAGCUGCGGCGGCUGCUGCUCUCGGAUAUGCGUGGGAUACUGAAGAGGCCAGGGAAGCUGGGGAUGAUGACGUGGAGGAGGUCCAGCCGGUCCAGCCGUCCACUGCGGGGACUUCUGAUGUACCCAUCAUCUUGGACUUGCUGCUGGCUGGCAUCACAGAGAGGGGGCAGCAGUCUCUGGAUUUGCAGCAGCAGAUGCUGGAAAUGCUCAAGCCACCGGUCCGCGUCACCCAGAGAACCACUUAUGCAGACUGGACAAAGUCUGUGAUGGAGGACCUGGAUCCUUCUCUAUGGCGCCGCUUCCAGGUCGACCACACUCAGCUGCUGUACAGAUACCUGGACAUGAGUGAUGAAAUCAACUCAGCAGCCGCAGCCCAACAUGCAGGCGUGAUCCAGCAGCAGCAGCAGGCUGGUUACAGCGCCAGCCACAGCCCCCUGAGCUGACAACACUGCAGCCCAGGCCCUCUCCGACGAUGACGAUUUAAGCUGGCAGUGUUAUCCGCCGGAACCCCUCAGCCAUCUCCACCUCGGCCUCUACCAGCACUCCUGCGCAAGCCGGCGAUUGGUCUUUCAAUCUGAGCAUCAUUCCAGAGGCCAGUGACAUCACUCCUUUCAGCAGUUCAUUUAUUGAGAGGCUGGCCAGCGCAGAUUCUAACAAUUAAGGAUCACCCACCUUCAGAUGACAACAACAACAACAACAACAACAACAACAACAACAACAACAACAACAACAACAGCAAAAACAACAACAGGAACAAGGAUAACUAGUGUACCAGAGACAGCCAGUGUGUGUUCAAGAGACAGUUGUCUGUGUGUCAGAUACAGUUUAUUAAUUUCCAGUGUACGUGUCAGAGACAGUUUAAUUUCCAGUGUACGUGUCAGAGACAGUUUAAUUUCCAGUGUACGUGUCAGAGACAGUUUAAUUUCCAGUGUACGUGUCAGAGACAGUUUGCUCAUCAUGUUUUAUUGAGGAUAUUGUUCAAAAUAAAGGCAUCCAUUUAUUGUUAGAUGCAAACUUGAAA